AAGUGCAGACUAUGAGAAGUUUCUAAGAAAUUUCGCGCCUUAAAUUCUUCCACACGUUGAUUAUAGUUAGGUGCUUUCAAGGUUCGGAAAAAGUACACUUUUACUUGUACCCGUGUGAUUCACGGUUAGAACUUAUAUAGAAACAAUAAUUAAGGAAUCCGAAUGUUAAUCAGUUAUUUGUCUAUUAAUUGUCUGUUGGUUUAGUGGUGAUUGGGGCUGAAUUUGGUAGGGAGGACUUCGUGUUUGAACCCCUACAACAAUAAUUGGGAGGAGACUGAAACCUAUUCACUCAAAACUCGCCACGGAUCCGAAUUAGCUCUAAGGUUGAAUCGGAUGAUACACCAAAAAAAACUAGUUAUUUGCCUGGGUGAUGUAUCGAGUCAUUAGCCCGUUGGCCAUUGCAGAUGGAGCUUGUGGGUAUAAAAAUCUAUACUCACAAGGCUACGGUCUUGAAACAGCAGCAUUAAGCACGGCAUUAUUCAACAAUGGAUCGGCAUGUGGAUCGUGUUAUGAGAUACAAUGCGUAAACUCCAAAUGGUGCAAACCCGGCCAUAAUACUAUUAAGAUCACUGCCACAAACUUCUGUCCCCCUAAUUACACAAAAACAGUCGAUAUUUGGUGUAAUCCUCCUCAAAAACACUUUGAUUUAUCUCUUAAGAUGUUCUUAACCAUUGCGGAGUACAAAGCCGGGAUUGUACCUGUACAAUUUCGCCGAGUUCCUUGUGUUAGGAAGGGUGGCUUGAAAUUCCUACUACAAGGUACUCAAGGCUGGUACCUUGUACUAGUGUUUAAUGUUGGAGGUGUUGGAAAUGUUGCCGAUGUUAAGAUUAAGCCGUCUAACUCCCAAAAUUGGAUGCAAAUGACGCGUAAUUGGGGGCAAAAUUGGCAAUUCACGAAAAAUUUGAUAGGGCAAAGUUUGUCAUUCCAAGUGACUACUAGUGAUGGUAAAAUGGUGCAGUCCGAUAACGUUGUACCGGCUAAUUGGCAAUUUGGCCAAAUAUUUGAAGGCAGGAAAAACUUCUAAUUAACAUAAUUAAGUAUGACUUAUAUUGUUCUUUAAAUAUUUGGCUUACGAGUUUAAAUUGUAUGAUAUAAUAUUUGGUUGUAAGAGAGAUCGGAAAGUUCGAUCCUUUUUCAACCAAGACAAUUUUUUUUUGGAAAUUAAAGUAUGCAAAUACCAGUUUGACAUU